AUGUGUAAAAUGACGCUUGGGGGGCAUCCAUACCAUACAAGCGAGAUAUAUGACGGAAAGAGCUCUGAUGAUGGCUCAAACUCCUAUCUCGAAUCGCUUCGGGAGAUGGGAGAAGCACUCCUUGCGGAGAAAGAUUCGCCGCUCGCAGCAUUUGGAGAAAUUGGCCUCGACUACGUCUAUCUCGAUCGUGCCGAUAAACCAACACAACAACGCGCGUUCCGAGAUGAAUUGGGUUUAGCUACAAAGCUCCAGCUUCCUCUUUUCUUACAUGUUCGCGAGUCUACAGAUGACUUCAUCUCCAUUAUCAAACCUUACCUUCCACAACUGCCUCGACGUGGCUUAGUUCACUCCUUCGCUGGUUCUAAGGAUGAGAUGCUCAAGUUGGUGGAACUAGGUCUUGAUAUCAGUGUGAAUGGUAUAUCAUUUCGCAUGGAAGAGCAACUGGAGAUGGUCAAAAAUAUUCCCCUAGAAAGAUUACAACUUGAAACAGAUGCUCCGUGGUGUGAGAUCUUGAGCACCGAUCCGAAGAUUGAACCUUACUUGGCAGCAGCAAGAUCUUUACCACCCAGUCGAAAGCCUAACAAGUUUAUUCUCGAGCAAAUGGUCAAAACUCGGAAUGAGAGCUGCACCAUGGAGCGAGUUGGUCUUGUGGUAGCGGGUUUGAAGGGGGCUACCAUUGAUCAAAUUGCGGAGGCAGCCUGGAAUAACAGCUAUCGCAUGUUUUGGUAA